GGCGAUGACCAUUGAAGGUACAAUCUUUUUGCUCCCUAAUUACAAUUUUGUAUUAACAAUAAACCCCUUUUAAUUAAUUUGUUUAUUUUUUUUCUUUUUUUUUUUAGUUGUAUUAUUUUUGCUUUUUUCUAGUUAUUGUAUCAAAAGUUUGAGGUUUAAGGUUGUUGAUUAUUAGAUUAUGGUUGGUGGGGUUCUUUGUUUUGGGUUAAUAUAAAUGGCUCAAUUUUUUUUAUUUUUUUUUGAAUUCCUUUAUAAUUUUAGUGCAGCUGAAGUACUUAUGAUUAAACUUUUAGCUCCUGUUUGGCUGUAGAUUUUGAAGUUGAAAUUGGAAAUUUGAGUUUUGGAAUUUGAAGUUGUACUUGAACAUGCAUUUUACUAGGAAAACUUUGAAGUUUUGUGAGCCAGUCUUUGGGACUUGAAAAUAUUAAAGAUCAAUUUUUUUUAUCAAAUUCAUGGUCAAACAGAUAUUUGAAGAUAAAUUUCAAAAUUUGAUCCAAAAUUAUUGCCAAACACUAGCUUAGGCUUAUGGUUCAAAAAAGUUCACAUCUUUCAGUUUCUUCUUUGCUUUUUGAUGGCAAUUCAAGAUUCAUUCAUGACACAAUUCUAGUUUAUUACAGCUGAAAUGCUUCUAAUUAAAGAUUUAAGCUCAUGUUUGGCCGUAGAUUUUGAAAUUGAAACUUGAAAAUUUGAGUUUUUGAAGUUGUAUUAAGCUGUAUUAGGAUAUGCAUUUUUCACUCAAAAAGAAAAUUAAUUGAAGUUUCGUGAGUGGAAGUAUCGAAAACCCAAAAACUGGUUUGAGCUAGUGUUUGGGAACUUGAAAAUAUUUGAAGAUCAGAUUUAUCAAAUUUCAUGGUUAAAUAGAUACUUGAAGAUAAAUUUUCAAAUUUGAUCCAAAAUUUAUGACCAAACACUAGGUUAGGCUCAUGGUUCAAAAUGUUGAAAUCUUUAGAUUUCUUAUUUGCUUUUUGCUGGCAAUAGAAUUCUUGAUUCAUCCAUGUCCAAGUUCUAGUCUUUUGAGUUCUUUAGUAAUUUUACUACAGCUGAAAUACUUCUGAUUAACAUUUUGGCUUAAGGUUUCAAAAAGUUUGCAUUUUACAUAGUUAUUCUUUGCUUUUUACUGACAAUGGAGUUCUUAUCAAAUCUUUAAUUAUGGGCGGGAGUGGCAGCUUAUGAUAUGUCUAAUCAUUUUCCUUUUCACCAAGCUUGAUUCUCGAGUUAAAAAAUAAUAAUUUGAAGCUUGAUUCUUGAGUUAAAAAAGACUUGCAAUAGAAUUUGAGCAAGUUGCAUUGUAUUAUCAAGAAGAACUGAACUGCAGAGAGUUCACAUAGAUCCAAACAUCAUUUAAGCGGAUGUAGAAUGGACACUUGGCUAUCCGAUUGCAGAUGGCUUGCGGGGCUUGCUUUCAUGUUCUCUUCCAGCAUCUUGUUACAGAUUCUGGCUUGUGCUUUAUACAACAACUGGUGGCCGCUGUUAUCUGCUCUUAUGUAUGUUGUGGUCCCCAUGCCAUGCUUAUUCUUUGGCGGUGGAUCAACACAGUUCCUAAUAAGUCGAGAUGGCGGCGGCUGGAUAGAUGCCGCUAAAUUCUUAACUGGUGCAUCAGCCGUGGGAAGCAUAGCCAUUCCCAUUAUUCUCAGGCAUGCAGAUCUUAUCCAGACAGGAGCAAUGUUCAUUGAAUUCGUCUCCUUCUUCAUAUUUGUCUGCACGGUCCUGUGUUUUCAUCGCGCCAGUCUUGAUGACGAGUGGUGAUAUAUCAAAAUCGAGGCAUCGUGCUUCACAUUCCUCGACUGUAAUUAUGUUGCAUAUAUGGUUCCGACUAACAAGAAAUGCAAACAAAGGUAGCGCGGAAAAGGAACCAAUGGUAGAUAUGAAACUAGAAAUCUUGCUUCGCGUUUCGCAAUGUGUAUAGCUUCGUCAAAUGUCAGAUUCUUGAUGUGAGAGUUUCUUUUCGUCGAUGUUUGAACCUUUUGCUGAUGGAACAAAGACCACAUUUUUAGUUAUCUGCAUUCAUAAAUUUGCUAACAGAUCAUAAAUCCUCAAUCUUGUUGCCUAGUAAUGUGAAGCAUUCUGUGGAUUUUUCUGCU